CAAAUCUCUUUAAUAUUAAUAAUACAUUGUAAUUGUAUAUUAUUCUAUUCUCAUUUUAAUUUUAUAGUUAUAGGUAAUUCAGGUCAGGCACCUGCGUCUUUUGAUAGUCAUAUACUCAAAAUUUCAUAAUACAUAAAACCUCAAGUUUUGAGGUUGAGAUAUUAAUAUGGAUGUCGGUGGCGAAACUUUAGACUUUAGUAGAUUAAUAAAUUUAAGAGCUAAUGUUGAUAACAUAACACCUCACAAAAUAGCAGUUGUUGCUUUUAUUAGAGAAUAUGGUUUAUUAAAAAUUGAAGCGAAAACCAUGAUUAACUGUACUAUGGCACCCAAAUACAGAAAAGACUUUUGUAUUCUAGCCCUAAAAUUAAUUCAGUGCCCGGAUAUGGAAUUUAAGGAUUUGGAGACGCUUCUUACAGAUGGGCGGUAUAAUUUAUUAAGUGUACAUUUAGAAAAUUUCUGUGUUCGUCUCAAGAACAUACAUGUUAAUGGUAUAAGCGCUUUGAUGGACUGUGUAACAUCAACUGUUGAUAAGUUAAUGAUUGAACAAAGUGAGACAAACCCUUGUACUAUCACUCGAUGCAGUGUUUUAGGUUUCUACCUAAGAAGGAUAAUGUUGCAUUUGGAUAAACUUACUUUUGUGCAAGUAGUUGCUCUGUAUAAAUCAUUUUGUUUGUAUUACCAAAAAGGUCGACCUGGAUUAAUGAUGAGAUCCUUAAGCAAAGAGAGGUUAAAUCAUAUGGAAUCAACAGUUGGGGCCCCAUGCACAGGCUCACCUUCAUUACCAGAAGAAUCAAAGCCACAAGAAGUUUUCACAAGAAUGAACUUAAUUGAAAGAGACAACAGCCUCGAAGAGUGUCAGUGGUCAAGGAAACAAGCUGAGUUAUUUACAGCUCAACAAGCUAAUUUAUUACAAAUUAAUGAGCGAAAAGCACUUCCUCCUAAACAACUACAGAAAACUAUAAUGCAAAUAAUGAACGAUAUUCCCGAGUAUUCAGACAUUCAUUUUUUAAGUUUCUUAAACUGCAUUAGAAUGAAGGAAUUUUGUGGUGCUCAAGACUCAUUGUACAAUUGUUUCGACAGAACAGUAUUUAAUAUAUGUGCCAAUUCAAAUAACAUGAAUGACAAAAAUAAAAAUUUUCGAUAUGCAGCUCUUAACAGAGCUGCUAUGCAUACACAGUUUGGACAUUUUUCUCUAGCUAUGGAGGGCGUGCAGGAGGCGUUGUGCGCGGCGCAGGAGGCGGCGGACACGGCGUGCCUGGCGCACGCGGCGGCGUGGGGCGCGCUGGCGGGAGGACGCGCGCGCCGUGCCGCUCUGCUCGCCCGCGUGCCCCGCGCUCCCCGAAUCGCCGCCGCCGCCGCGCAGCUAAUGGCGCAGCACGCUGCGGUCAAUGCCGCUAAACCCGCUGAAGUCUUUCAUAUUAUAACAAAAGGCGACUCCAUAAAUUAUCACCAUUCAAUGACUGACUUGAUGAUGGCCAGUUUAGCAAAUACCGCAGCUCUGUGGUCCUUAUAUGGAAAAACCGAAAUGGCUUCCAUAAGUUGUCAACUUCUACUGAAUCUCAAUACAAAGUGCACGGUGGGCGCGAGCAGCGUGUGGCAGUGGUCGGAGGCGUGCGCGGUGGCGGGCGCGGGCGCAGCCAGCGUGGCGGCAUGGCGCGGCGAGGGUGGGCUGGCGGCCGCACUGCUCUCGCAUCUGCAGCACCGCCCGCCCGCGCCUCUGCGCGCCGUCGCCGCAAGGCACCGCACUGCCGCCGCACUCCUCGCCGGUAAAUGGGAAGAGGCGGAAUUGAAUAUACGUCAACUUUCAUCUUUGGAUCGAUGGGAAAGUCAGCUGCUGAAGGCCGAGAUGUAUUUCCUCAGAGGUGACGCAAUGGAUGCCUUGGAGACGCUGCAGGACAUACUGGACUACUGCAAAACGGAAGACGACAGUCUGCACUUCGCACCGCUGCGUCUGCAGGCGAUGAUACUGAUGUCGCAGGUGCAACUGUCCUACAGCGUGAGUCAGUCCACCAACAUAUUGCUGUUGAACGAGGCACUGUCGUGGGCGAAGAAGUUCCACUUGCACUACCUGGCGGCCACCGUGGAGAUGCACAUCGCCAAUGUUCAGCUACAUAUGGGUUGCGCUAAAAACGCCCUCGUGCUCGUCAGGAAAGUCUUACCCCUGAUAAUGGCGCACGGCAGCGCGUAUGACAUGGCCAGAGGAUUGUUACUUUACACAAAAUGCCGCAUCGCGACCGCUCCUCCCACUGGGGAAGCUCGGAUUCAAGUUUUUCAGUCUUGUUGUGAAGCCCUCGAGUCUGUCAAGGAGAACUUUUGUAAAAUAGGCGCACAAGUGAGGUUGCUACAGACAUGGUACAUACAGGCACAAUUGUAUAACGACGUGGGAAAUAUUGCUGCAAGGAAUCAAUGCGCCUGGAUGUACAGACAAUUGGAAACACAAAAUCCCGUUGAUCUGUCGAAUAUGUUACAUAUUAUGUAUUAAAAAUAUUGUCUUUA